UUCCACGAUACCAAAACCCAGAAGCCUGAUCCGAAAGAGUGGCUAAUCGAUUCGUGGAAGGGUAUGAAGACGCCAGCAGAGUCAAAUAUGGAAACACUACCACCGAAGGUGACCGCAGUCAACUAUGAAUCCAUCGAGGCCGUGUCUAAGCACCUUGGAGCGGAGAUCGCACAAGGCUUCGAGCUACACAUGAACCUAGAACGGAUUCAUUCUCGCCGGCAACAAACAUUGACGACCGGCAAAGAUAUUGACUGGGCUACUGCCGAAGCUCUGGCAUUGGGAACGCUUCUCCGUGAGGGUACAGGGGUUCGAGUAGCCGGACAGGAUGUCGAACGAGGCACCUUUUCCCAGCGUCAUGCCGUUCUCCACGACCAACGAACCAACAAAACAUACACACCUUUAAGCACCAUCAGCCCAGGCCAGGGCUUAUUCACCAUAACCAGUUCGUCCUUGAGUGAGACUGCAGCAAUGGGUUUCGAAUUUGGCUACUCUUUGGCAGAUCCAAAUGCUCUCGUGAUGUGGGAAGCCCAGUUCGGCGACUUCGCAAACAACGCUCAAGUCAUCAUCGAUAACUAUAUCGCAUCUUCUGAGAAGAAGUGGCUUCAGCGCUCUGGUGUGGUUCUUUCGUUGCCUCAUGGCUACGACGGCCAAGGACCGGAACAUACUUCAGCCCGCUUGGAGCGAUUUCUGCAACUGGGCGACGAAGAUUCGAGGCAUUUUCCAACACCAGAGCAACUCCAGCGCCAGCAUCAGGAUGCUAACAUACAGAUUGUGUGCAUGACAAGUCCCGCAAGCUACUUCCACGUUCUGCGCCGGCAAAUCCACCGGGACUUUAGAAAACCUCUCAUCAUACUCUUCUCCAAAUCCCUACUUCGCCACCCCCUUGCACGUUCGGAUAUUGCAGAGUUCAUAGAGACUCUCUACUUCCAACCAUUGCUCCCCGAAACUCGGCACGGUAUUACUAUCAAUGAGGCGGAAGACGUCAAGCGUGUCAUCUUCUGUUCUGGCCAAGUGUAUGCGGCGCUCUACAAGUAUCGCGAAACUUAUAACCUCAAAGACACAGCUAUCACGCGGAUUGAAGAACUCCACCCGUUUCCGUGGGAGGAAGUUAGACAGAAUCUGGAUAAUUACCCAAACGCAACAGAUGUUGUUUGGUGCCAGGAGGAAACACUUAAGGGUGGCGCUUGGGGCUACGUUAUGCCGAGGUUUGAAGCUAUUUUGGCUAAGACGGCAAACCACACGGAUAAAAAGGUACGAUAUGCGGGUAGGGACCCAAUGUCAAGUGUUGCAGUGGGGUACAAGGUGCUUCACUCCACUGAGGAAGAAAAAGGUCAUGGGUGACGCGUUUCAGAUAUCUUCCUGUCAAUGACCAGUUCUUCACAUAGCUAUAUGAAUCGAGGUACCAAUGUCUUUAAUAUUACAAUAAAGGACUAAGAAUAAACAGUCUUUAGAUGAAUGGAAGUGCUUCGUAUAUCGUUAUUCGUGAGACCAUGUCAACCCCUCCUGCAGUUCAGUCUCUCCCAGACAACGCCGCAAUCAAAGCUGCACCAAUUCCCGACCCAUCCUCUGCAGGCACAAAGGUAAUCAAGUCCUCUGAACUAUCAGGCCACUCGAGAAUUUCUCGUAAAGCAGCCGCUGCCCGC